AUGUCGAGGGCUCCUCCGCCAGGCGGCUCCGGUCGCAUGCCCUUCCUCGGUGGGCUUCCUGGAAGUAACCCGCGCGCGCCGCCACCGGGCCAAGGCCGUCCGUACGGAGGCGACGGGUAUGGGCAGGGCUACGGUGCGCCGCAGGGUGGCGCCCCGCGCUCUCCCGGCAUGUCGCGAUAUGGGGAGAAGGCCCAGCCCGGCGGUGGCCGCCAGGUGUCGUUGAGAGUCGAAAAGGUCACCGACAGGUCUCUUCAGUCGAGACUGAUCUAUGGAAAUCUCUGCGCCGUUGCGCCCGAAGAUUUCCCUCCCAGCCGUGACGGCUCCGACUUGUAUAUUCUGCUUCGAGGAGGCCAGCCAGUGGGAGAGUACGUCGUCACAGCGAAGCCCAUCCCCGGCUUUCCUCCCGGAUGCAUCAGCUUGUCGGACCCUCAGCGAAGCUGGUGUGGCAUCACCAUGAGAGACCAGUUCACAGGCGAAAUAUACGAUCCUUUCGCGCAAGGAAGCAAAGCCUACCUCGGCUCGCUCGACCUCGAAGUCGGCUUUGCUUCGCCGAACAAGAAGACAGAUGUUCCCUACGAUGAGGACGAACUCUCCAAGAUCUUCGUCGACACGUACCAGAACCAAGUCCUGUCUCCUGGGCAAAAGGUACUGAUGGAUGUCCGAAACAUCCCGCUCAUGAUUACGGUGAAGACCGUGGGGCUUGUUGAUCUAGCCAUGGCCACAGAGGACUCGAGCAAGCAGGUCUACAGAGAGUCCAACGCCCGCGGUAUCCUCACGAACCAAACACGGGUUCUCUUCCACCGGGACGCCAAGGGCGACUUCAACCUGAAGCCCUCCAUGUCCAAGCCGAAUUCGAACGCCAUCUUGGCCCCCGACUUCAAGUUUGAAGACAUGGGCAUCGGCGGUCUCGACAAGGAGUUCUCCAUCAUCUUCCGCAGAGCCUUUGCGUCGCGCGUCUUCCCGCCUGGCCUGGUCGCCAAGAUGGGCAUUCCCCACGUCAAGGGAAUGUUGCUCUAUGGCCCUCCCGGAACUGGCAAGACGCUCAUUGCGCGCCAGAUUGGCCAGAUGCUGAAUGCGCGCCCUCCCAAGGUCAUCAACGGACCCGAGGUUCUCAACAAAUACGUUGGCCAGUCGGAAGAGAACAUUCGAAAGCUAUUCGCAGACGCCGAGAAAGAGUAUAAAGAGAAGGGCGACGAGAGCGGCCUCCACAUCAUCAUCUUCGACGAGCUCGACGCUGUCUGCAAGCAGCGAGGAUCGGGCGCCGGAGGUGGCACGGGCGUCGGUGACAGCGUCGUCAACCAGCUCCUUUCCAAGCUGGACGGUGUGGAUCAGCUCAACAACAUCCUUCUCAUCGGAAUGACAAACAGGAAGGACAUGAUAGACGAUGCUCUGAUGCGACCCGGACGCCUGGAAGUGCACAUCGAAAUCUCGCUGCCCGACGAACCUGGCCGGUUGGAAAUCUUCAAGAUCCAUACGUCGAAGAUGCGGACCAACGGCCUCCUUGCCGCGGACGUGAACCUGGAAGAGUUGGCGGGUCUUACCAAGAACUACUCGGGUGCUGAGAUCAACGGUGUCGUCAAGGCUGCCGCCUCGUGCGCCUUCUCCCGCCACAGCGAGGUUGGGCAGCUCGCUGCCGUCAGGCAGGACGUUGCCAGCAUGAAGGUCAACCGCGAAGACUUCAUGAAUGCACUGACAGAAGUGCGGCCAGCCUAUGGUGUCUCGGAAGCGGAGCUGGAAGAAGCUGUUCGAUUGGGUAUCAUCCCUUACAGCGCUCACGUCAACGCAUCCGUUCAGGAGAUGACGCGCGUCGUCGAGAUGAUCAAGAACGACCCCAACAAGUUCAGCACGUCUGUGCUCUUCCACGGACCAAAGUCGUCUGGAAAGACGGCUCUGGCUGCGCAUAUCGCCAUGCAGUCCGGCAUUCCCUUCGUCAAGAUGGUCACACCUGCCGACCUCGUUGGGUACAGGGAUGACUUUGCCAAGAAGGAAUUCGUGCACAGAGCAUUUGCAGAUGCAUAUAAGUCGCCGACCAGUAUCCUCAUCCUUGAUGACUUUGAGCGCUUGAUUGGAUGGAACCCUAUCGGGCCCCGCUUCUCCAACACGAUGCUUGAGGCUCUGACUACGCUCAUUGGACACCGACUUCUCGUCUUCGUCACGACCUCCAAGGCGUCGGUUCUCAAGAUGCUUGAGAUUGACAUGGAUUUCGCAAAGAAGGUUGCCGUUCCGGCUGUUUCUAACCUGCAGGAACUCGGCACCGUGCUCCAGGAGUCGCGGGUGUUCAACUCCGGGGACAUCAACCAAGUCAUCAAUAAUAUCCAGCAGCGGACGGGCUCUGAUUCAGUGGGCAUUGGCAUCAAGACAAUCCUGGACUGCAUUUUUGAGGCCAAGGCUGGACCCGAGUCAGACGUUUUGGAAACAUUCUCCGAUCUCAUACUUGAGAACCUACAGGAGAUGCAAAUUUAG